AUGAGUGUCUCCCGUGACGUCUUCCAAACCAACACCGAGCUCGCAAAGUUUCGUCAUCCAUCUUCCACAACACGAAUCGUCCCAAUCGACACACGCGUAUCAGUUGGAUCAGACGGAGCUCAAUACAAAUGGAAAGCAUCUGGAGCCGAAUGGAAACAUGACAAUGGAGGAAGUAUCUGUGCAGCAAGAGUCGGUGGACAUCUCGGCUUAUUUGGUGACGGAAUGAAUGCCGGGUUUGAGGGAAAAGCAGUGUGGGCUGAGAAGAAGUUCGGACUUGUUCAUGUCGGAGCCGGAGCAAAUGUGGAUACUGGACUGAGAAUUAGUGCUGAUGGAAUGGGAGCGACUAUUUUGGGAUUUGGAUUUCAAGCAGGGAACAUUGGAUACGGUAUCAAGACUCCGUUCUGUAAUAUCACAAUCUAA